AUUUGGUUUUAUUUAGGAAUCUAGAAAUAGGAAAUUUUCUCUCUCGAGAGUAAACAAAUUGGAUUACUCUUAGUUUUUUCAUUGUUGUGUUAUGAUAGAUUUUGUAAGAUUAUGUCUAACAUGAAUUCAAAGAGAGGUAAAAGAAGUAUGGGGAAUAAACAUUUUCCUAUAGCUGAAUCUGUUAGUAUAGCGUUGAAAAUACAACUAGAUAAAUUUCUAAAUGACGAAAAUGAGACAGAAUUAAAGUUUCCAACCUUCUUGUCGGCCCAAGAGCGAGGUUUUAUUCAUGAGACAGUGGCGAAAUUGGGUCUAAAAUCAAAAUCGCGCGGGAAAGGUGUGAAUCGUUAUUUAACAAUAUACAAACGUGUAGGCUCCACGAUUAUCCAAAAUGAUGCUAAACUGAUACUAGAUUCUAACAUGAGAUGCAGCAUUGUGGAGAUGUUGUCUUCAUUUCCGCUGACAAACAAAGAGAGAGAUGAUUUAAGUAUUGGCCCUGAAAAGGAAAGAACACCUCAACUAACUCACAAAGUGCUCGGUCAAUUGAGUAAUGGAGUUGCUCAAAUUCCAAGCACAACAUACAACCCAGAUUUGGUUAAGUUCAGAGAAAAAUUACCAAUUUAUGAACAGCGACAGGAACUUAUCAAUGCUAUAACUCAUAACCAGGUGAUAAUAGUAUCAGGUGCUACGGGCUGCGGUAAGACGACACAGCUGCCCCAGCUGGUGCUGGACUGGUGCCAGGAGCAUAAGCAGCCAGCUCGAAUCUAUUGCACACAGCCUCGCAGGAUAUCUGCUGUUUCCGUCGCUGAAAGGGUAGCUUUUGAGCGUAUGGAGAAGAUAGGUCAGUCUAUAGGUUAUCAGAUCAGACUGGAGUCCCGCAUCAGCCCGCGUACCGUGCUCACCUACUGCACCAACGGUGUGCUGCUCAGGACCCUAAUGGCUGGAGAGAACUCACUUGCAGGCGUGACGCACAUCUUCGUGGAUGAGGUUCACGAGCGUGACAAGUUUAGUGACUUCCUGCUAAUAGCGCUGCGUGAUGCACUACCUCGCUGUAAGGACCUCAAGUUGCUGCUCAUGUCUGCCACCUGCGACACACAGAUAUUCUCCAGAUACUUCAACAAUUGUCCCGUGGUGAGUAUCCCUGGCCGUCUGCACGAGGUGCAGCGCUACUACCUGGAGGAUGUGCUGAAGAUGACCGGGUACCGCAGCCGACGCAUGCUGCAGGCGGAGCGGGAACUCAAACAGAAGCGCGCCAAUGGACAUAGCUAUUGGAACUAUCUAGAAGGUCAGAAGCAGAGUACGGAAGAGAGUAACAGCAGUUUGAGUAAGGAGGAGAAAGAGAAUACAAUCGAUCCCGCUCUACAGACGGACAUGGAUGAGUUUCUAGAAGAGUGUUUCAAAGAAGGAAGCAUGGACUCGUUUUGUCAAAUCCUGUACAUGUAUAUGUCUGAGGGUGUGCCCGUGCAGUGCGCUCAGUCGCGCUCCGGACGCACAGGACUCAUGGCCGCAGCAGCACAUGGACAUGCGGAGACAGCCAAGCAUAUACUGCACAUCGGUGCCGAUCCAAAUUUUAAAGACAAAACUGGUAAAACUGCCUACGAUUACGCCGUCGAGAACGGUCAUACAGAGUGUGCGAAGCUCUUAGCUUCAUUCAGCUCAAACGAGGAGACCAAAGACAACCAGGAGGACAACGCCGCAGACAACUUCCUGCUUGACGUAUACCAUCACUCCAUCUCCGAGGAGCUGAUCGACCACGACCUCAUGCUGGCGCUCAUCAAACACAUCCACGUCAACCUACCCAAGGGAAGCAUCCUCGUCUUCCUGCCCGGGUACGACGACAUCGUGGCGCUGAGGGACCUCAUACAGUCCUGCGCAGAAAUGAACGUCCUCAAGUACCAGAUAUUCACUCUGCACAGCAACAUGCAGACGCUCGACCAGAAGAAAGUCUUCAACCCGCUGCCCAAUGCCAGGAAAAUAAUAAUUUCCACCAACAUAGCGGAAACGUCGAUAACCAUUGACGAUGUGGUGUACGUGGUGGACUCGUGCAAGGUGAAGGAGAAGUACUACGAGUCUAACGGCGGCGUGUGCUCGCUGCAGUGCGUGUGGACCUCACGCGCCUGCUGCCAGCAGCGUGCCGGACGCGCCGGACGCACCAAGCCCGGACACUGCUUCCACAUGUGCUCCAAGCGCCGCUUCAACACCCUGCCCCUCAACUCCAUCCCCGAGAUCCUGCGCGUGCCGCUGCAGGAGCUCUGUCUCCACACCAAGCUGCUCACUAUCAGCAACUCCCCCAUCGCAGACUUCCUCUCCAAGGCCCUCGAGCCGCCCUCCUUCCUCGCCGUGCGCAACGCCGUCUCCCUGCUCAAGACCAUCGGAGCCCUCACCGCCAAUGAGGACCUCACGGAGAUCGGCCAGCACCUGCUGGACCUCACCGUGGAACCCAAGCUGGGCAAGAUGCUGCUGUACGCGUGCGUCAUGAAGUGCCUCGACCCCGUGCUCACGAUAGUCUGCAGCCUCGCCAACAAGGAGCCCUUCCAGAUCUCCAUGAACCCGGAGAACAGGAAGCGCGGCAGCCUCGCGCGCAAGGACUUCGCCUCCGACAGCUACUCGGACCACAUGGCGCUCCUGCGCGCCUUCCAGGCCUGGCAGAUGGCGCGCUCCAACGGCACCGAGCGCGCCUUCUGCGCCAAGAACCUCAUCUGCGGCGCCACCAUGGAGAUGAUCGUCGGCUACCGCUCCCAGCUGUUGGCGCAGCUGCGCGCCCUCAGCCUCGUCAAGGCGCGCGGCUCCGGCGACAUCAAGGACGUCAACUCUAACUCGGAGAAGUGGCACGUCGUGAAGGCCGUCCUCGUCAGCGGCCUCUACCCUUCCAUAGCGCGCGUCGAUCGCGACACCUGCACCCUGCGGACCUCCAAGGAGGUGAAAGUGGCCUUCCACCCGAGCUCGACGCUGAACCGCGGCACCGGCGUCGCCGGCUCGCAGAAGUCCGUGCAGACCCUGCCCACCGACUGGGUCGUGUUCGAGGAGAUCUCGCGCGCCGGACGCUUCUGCUUCAUCCGGUGCAACACGCUGGUGACGCCGCUCACGGUAGCGCUCUUCGGCGGGCCGCUGCGACUGCCGGCCGCCGCGCUCUGCCAGCGCGCCAACCCGCCCGGACAGUCCAGCGACUCGGACAGCGAGGUGGAUGACCACAACUCGGCGCGCGACUCCGCCGUCCUCAUCGUCGACGACUGGAUGGCGUUCUCCGCGGACGCGGCGGACGCCAUCAACGUGUUCCUGCUGCGCCAGAAGCUGUGCGCGCUCGUGGUGCGCCGCAUGUCCAACCCCUCCAAGCCGAUGACGCCGCUCGACGAGCAGAUCCUGAGCACGGUGGUGCACGUGCUCGGCGCAGAGGAGAAGAACAACGUCGGCCUCAGCCAGCCUAGCGGCAUCGGCCAGCGCCCGCGACCUCUCACCGUCGACUCGCCCAGCUGGCGGCUGCGCGUCGACGGAGAAGAGUACCGGCACGACGCCGGCAAGUACUACCCGCAGUACGGCCAGGCGGACUACACCAACAACUACUACCAGGGUCAGAACUCGUACGGAUACCGCAACGGACAGCGCAGCGGCGGCGGGCCGGGGGGCGGAGGCGCGGCGUGGCGGGGCGAGGGCGCGCAGGGUUUCUCCCCGCAGCCGCACGCCUCGCCCCACACGGCGCCGCGCAGCCCCAUGUCGCCGCAAGGCAAGGCGCUGCUCGCCAACAUCGAGAAGUACGCGGAGGGCGCCGAGGCUAACACGCGCUACUUCGUGGUCAAAGCGGACGACGUACACUGCGUCGAGGUGGCGCAGACCACCGGCACCUUCAACUUCUCCCCCAACACCGCCAAGAAGUUGCAGAAAGCUCGACAAGAGGGCUCUCGCGUGGUGGUGUUCUUCUCGUGCGCGAACGCGAGUAAGUUCGUGGGUUGCGCGGCGCUCACCGACUCGGCGCUCGACUGGAUCUGUACCAACCAGGUGUCCUUCCACAUGGUCAGGCACAUAUCGAACUCGCUGGCGGGCAACGCGCGCGUGGUGGGUGCGCGGGACGGGUGCGAGGUGUGCGCGGGGGCGGGGCGGGCGCUGGUGGGGGCGCUACAGCAGUCGCGCCGCGCCCGCGCCCCGCCCCGUCCCAUACAGAAGCACGCCCCCGACCACUGACACACGAGUCGCCGCAAGCCGCACAAGAACCACUCGCCCACACACAAGACCCACUAGUGACUUGUGUGUGAUAUUGUGAACUAAUACAGGAAUGCAGUGAUAUUAUAACUAAAAGUGAAAAAAAA